AUGCUGCUUUUGCUGCUGGGCAUCAUCGUGCUCCACGUCACCGUGCUGGUGCUGCUCUUCGUCUCCACCAUCGUCAGUCAAUGGCUGGUGAACGACGGGCACGCGGCAGAUCUCUGGCAGAACUGCACCUCGGGGAACGUCUUCCACUGCCUGACAUCUUCCACCAACGAAUGGCUGCAGUCUGUCCAAGCCAUGAUGAUCCUCUCCAUCAUCUUCAGUGUCUUGUCCCUGUUCCUGUUCUUCUGCCAGCUGUUCACGCUCACCAAGGGUGGGAGGUUUUACAUCACUGGAAUCUUCCAGAUCCUUGCUGGGCUGUGCGUGAUGAGCGGCGCCGCCAUCUACACGGUGCGGCACCCGGACUGGCACCCCCAGGGCAGCUCCUACGGCUUCGCCUACAUCCUGGCCUGGUUGGCCUUCCCGCUGGCCCUGGCCCGCGGCAUCAUCUACGGGAUCCUGCGGAAGCGGGAGUGA